CUCAGGCCAAGGUACCAGCCGGUCGGCGUCCUUCUUCACUCUGUGCGCUGAUUGGCCGCCGCAAGCCGGGCGCUGAUUGGCUAUGGAGGAUGCCUUGCUGGCCCGUGGCUAUGGAGGUGGCGGCGGCGGUUGAUGGUUGACUGUUGGCUCUCAGGUCAGGGUCGCCUCCGAGGAGACGCACAGGGCUGGGCGGCUGGAGCCCCCCGGGGCGGCCACGGCCUCACUUCGCGCGGAGGAGAAUCCAGCUCGAGCCCGCCAUGCCGGCGGGGCGCAGCGAACCGAACGGCGUCCUCAGCUACCAGAGACCAGAUGAAGAAGCAGUUGUGGACCAAGGAGGGACCAGUACAAUUCUCAAUAUUCAUUAUGAAAAAGAAGAGCUGGAAGGACAUAGAACUUUGUAUGUUGGGGUCCGGAUGCCUUUGGGACGGCAGAGCCAUCGGCAUCAUCGAACUCAUGGCCAGAAACACCGGAGACGAGGGCGGGGGAAAGUUGUCAGUCAGGGAGAAGAAGGGCAAGGAGCUCUUGCCCAUGACACACCUUCCCAGCGGGUUCAGUUCAUUCUUGGCACUGAGGAAGAUGAAGAACAUGUGCCACAUGAGCUAUUCACAGAACUGGAUGAGAUCUGUCUGAAGGAAGGAGAGGAUGCUGAGUGGAAGGAAACAGCUAGGUGGUUGAAGUUUGAAGAAGAUGUAGAAGACGGGGGAGAACGUUGGAGCAAGCCUUACGUGGCCACUCUUUCAUUACAUAGUCUGUUUGAGCUGAGAAGCUGCCUCAUUAAUGGAACAGUCCUCCUGGACAUGAGAGCAAACAGCAUUGAAGAAAUUUCAGAUCUGAUCCUCGACCAGCAGGAAUUGUCCAGUGACCUAAAUGAGACUAUGCGAGUUAAAGUGCGGGAAGCUCUUCUCAAGAAGCAUCAUCAUCAGAAUGAGAAGAAGAGAAAUAAUCUUAUUCCCAUUGUACGUUCUUUUGCUGAGGUGGGCAAAAAGCAAUCAGACCCAAAUUCUUUGGACAAAAAUGGUCAAACAGUGUCUCCUCAGUCUAUUCCUACUACAAAUCUUGAAGUUAAAAAUGGAGUAAAUUGUGAACAUAGUCCUGUGGAUUUAAGUAAGGUGGACCUUCAUUUUAUGAAGAAAAUACCUAUUGGGGCAGAAGCCUCCAAUGUUUUGGUUGGAGAAGUAGAUAUCCUGGACCAUCCGAUUGUGGCCUUUGUAAGGCUGUCACCUGCUGUUCUUCUCUCAGGUCUCACAGAAGUACCAAUACCCACAAGGUUCUUAUUUAUCUUGCUAGGACCAGUAGGAAAAGGUCAACAGUAUCAUGAGAUUGGCAGAUCCAUGGCCACCAUCAUGACAGAUGAGAUUUUUCAUGAUGUAGCUUAUAAGGCAAAGGAGCGAGAUGACCUCUUAGCUGGGAUCGAUGAGUUCCUGGACCAAGUGACUGUGUUACCUCCAGGUGAAUGGGACCCAUCGAUUAGAAUUGAACCACCAAAAAAUGUUCCUUCCCAGGAAAAAAGGAAGAUGCCUGGAGUUCCAAAUGGAAAUAUUUGCCACGUUGAACCAGAGCAACAUGGUGGCCAUAGCGGUCCUGAACUUCAACGUACGGGCAGGCUUUUUGGUGGUUUGGUGCUGGACAUAAAGCGGAAGGCCCCCUGGUACUGGAGUGACUAUCGUGAUGCUUUGAGUUUACAGUGUCUGGCCUCUUUUCUGUUCCUGUAUUGUGCCUGCAUGUCACCCGUGAUCACUUUUGGGGGAUUGCUUGGAGAAGCAACUGAGGGACGAAUAAGUGCAAUUGAAUCUUUAUUUGGAGCCUCGAUGACCGGAAUAGCCUAUUCUCUGUUUGCCGGACAGGCUCUCACCAUCCUGGGGAGCACAGGGCCGGUGCUCGUCUUUGAAAAGAUUUUGUUUAAGUUCUGCAAAGACUAUGCCCUCUCGUAUCUGUCCCUUCGAGCCUGCAUUGGACUGUGGACUGCUUUCCUAUGUAUUGUCCUUGUGGCAACGGAUGCCAGUUCUCUCGUCUGCUAUAUUACUCGCUUUACUGAAGAAGCAUUUGCCUCAUUGAUUUGUAUCAUUUUCAUCUAUGAAGCAAUAGAGAAGUUGAUUCACCUAGGGGAAACUUACCCCAUCCACAUGCACAGCCAGCUGGACCACCUUAGCUUUUACUAUUGCAGGUGUACUGUCCCAAAGGACCCCAGCAAUCACACGCUGCAGUACUGGAAGGAGCGUAACAUUGUGGCAGCGGAAACUAGUUGGGCCAACCUGACUGUCAGUGAAUGUCAGGAGAUGCAUGGAGAAUUCACUGGCUCGGCCUGUGGUCACCAUGGACCUUACACACCUGAUGUACUCUUCUGGUCCUGCAUUCUUUUUUUCACAACCUUCAUCCUCUCCAGCACCUUAAAGACAUUUAAGACAAGCCACUAUUUUCCAACCAAAGUACGCUCCAUGGUGAGUGACUUUGCGGUUUUCCUCACCAUCUUCACGAUGGUGAUUCUUGAUUUUUUAAUUGGCGUCCCAUCCCCAAAGCUACAAGUUCCAAGUGUAUUUAAGCCCACAAGAGAUGAUCGGGGAUGGAUUAUCAAUCCCAUUGGAACCAAUCCCUGGUGGACGGUGAUAGCUGCAAUCAUCCCAGCUCUCCUCUGCACCAUCUUAAUAUUCAUGGACCAGCAAAUCACAGCUGUUAUAAUUAAUAGGAAGGAGCAUAAGCUCAAGAAAGGAUGUGGAUACCACCUUGAUUUGCUGAUGGUGGCUGUGAUGCUGGGAGUUUGCUCCAUCAUGGGCUUGCCCUGGUUCGUGGCAGCUACCGUCCUCUCCAUUACUCACGUCAAUAGCCUCAAGCUGGAGUCCGAGUGCUCGGCUCCAGGGGAGCAGCCCAAGUUCCUGGGGAUCCGAGAGCAGAGAGUCACAGGGCUCAUGAUCUUUGUACUGAUGGGCUGCUCAGUCUUCAUGACAGCUGUGUUAAAGUUCAUUCCAAUGCCAGUACUUUAUGGAGUCUUCCUCUACAUGGGAGUUUCUUCACUUAGAGGAAUCCAGUUUUUUGAUCGUUUGAAACUCUUUGGGAUGCCAGCAAAGCAUCAGCCUGACUUCAUCUACCUGCGCCAUGUCCCUCUGCGUAAAGUGCACCUCUUCACCCUCAUCCAGCUGACUUGUCUUGUCUUGCUGUGGGCUAUUAAGGCAUCCCCAGCUGCAAUCAUCUUUCCAAUGAUGGUUUUGGCCUUGGUUUUUGUCCGGAAAGUCAUGGAUCUCUGUUUCUCUAAACGAGAACUGAGCUGGCUAGAUGAUCUCAUGCCUGAAAGCAAGAAGAAGAAGCUAGAUGAUGCUAAGAAAAAGGCCAAGGAGGAAGAGGAGGAUGAGAAAAUGUUAGAAAUGGGGCCAGACAAAUUUCCUUUGGAAAGCAGGAAGUUACUGAGUAGUCCUGGAAAAAAUAACAAUUUCAGAUGUGACCCUUCUGAGAUUAAUAUUUCUGAUGAAAUGCCUAAAACUACUGUCUGGAAAGCUCUUAGCAUGAAUACAGGAAGUGCCAAGGAAAAGAGUCUUUUCAACUAAGAGUCUUUGCUGAGAUGGAAGAGAUGGCCUGGGAGAUAUCUCAGGGAAGUGCCAGGAAACAGAAAAGGGAGCAAGCUUCUUAGAAAUGAAGAGACUCAUCCUGGCCCCUUCUUCAUUCAGAUAACUGGAUUCAUAUUAAAGCCACACAGAAGUGUUCAGCCAUUCUCAGUGCGCUUUAGAGGGCAUUCAGCCAUCUUCAUACCAGCAGCCAGUCUCCAAGAAUGAGCUUGGAAGGAAACAGAAGAAAGCCUCUUGGUGAUCUCUUUCCUAUUCCGUCACCUCCCACAGUGACCUCAGAGCAGUUGCUAUCACUUACAGUCAAACAUUCCAUUUUGGGACGCUUCUGGAACUUUUUCCCUGCUGACCACUAGAAUACCAUGAAUCUCCUCCUCCCUCCUGAAGAGCCCCAUCGGCCUUCCUGCAUAGGACCCUCUGAAAGCUCUUAAUGCAGCCUCUUCUGCCACGCUGGACCACAGUGAUGGGCAGAGUGAAGAUGCGGGGGAUGGGACAUUGGAUGAGUUUCCCUCUUUGGGAGGUCUUGGAGCAGUCUGGCUCUCUGGCCUGGGGGUCUUUUAAUAGAGUGGCAGGCUUGGGAUGGCUGCCUGUUGUGACUCCUGACCACCAUGGUGGGCUAAAAAGCGGCAGAGUCCUAUCAUCAUAGCCACACUGGCACACAUUGUUGAUAAUCUUGGAAAGUAAACAUUUGUAAAGGGGAAUUGUGGUUCUUUAUAGAGAGGAGAAGGCUGAUAGGGAAGUUGAUAACUCUUCAUUAUUAUAUAGGAAGAUUGAUGAUGAGCAGCUUUUCUCAGUUUCCAUUCAGGACAGAAUGAGAGAGGGAUUAAAGUAUAGCAGCAGAGACAGGUUAAAAUCAGGUCAUACUUUCUAGACAUAAGAUUUGAUAUAGUGUCUUUUUUUUGGUAGAUUUAUAAGAGAAGAGUAAGUGGUUUUUCUUUUGAGAAAGCUCUUUGUAAACCUUAAAACAUAAUCCUUCCCAUAGAGAGGGAGAAGUGAUUUCUUUAGGUUCCUUCAAGUUUAGGGAGUCUACAAAAAUAAUUUUACUACCAUGUUAGGGAAACUUCAGUGUCUUGCUACUCUCCAUUAAUUAUUGCUUCAUGUGAGCACAUUCUGGUGCCACUUCUGGAGAGAUUCAAUGUUUGUGUAAGUCACCCUAGCUGCCUUAGUAGCGAACAUCUGUAGGCAAUGGACAGAAAAUACUUUCAGUCACAUAGUUUAAGUAUCAUCUUGAAUUUCCACUAAUUUACCAAAAUUCAGGCUUUCAUAUCUUGGAUACAAAAGCAUAUUUGGAAACAAAAGCUGAGAGUGGUGAAAUGAAUUUUAAUAUUUAAUUUAAGAUCAAUAUUUAUGGUUAGUCUGCUUUCUUCUUUAUGUUCAAAAGCAACUUCAAUUGUUUUACUCUAAUGCUUUUGGAAUUGAUCGUCAAUUGCUCACAAAAUGUAUUGGAGUAAAUGAAAAUCUCACCAACAGUCUAUAGAGAAUUUGGUUGUAUUAUACAGAGGGUAUUCUAGAACUGACAGACUGUGUGAUGGGAGUGAACGAUGGAUGGGGAAUGGGCACCUUUAAUGGUACAGGAGAGGCCAAAGGAGGGAGCAGGCUCUCCCAACCACCUUGGCUUUCUCAGGUGAAGCAGGUUGCUGCUUUCCCUCAUAACACUUGGCUUUCUCUUCAGCCUCAUUCUCCUUUCCAUCAGCUUCUCCCUUUCUCCCUUAAUCUCUCCUUUUCUUCUGCCACAUCUCCUUUCACUUUCUCCAAGGUCAAAAGGACAAUGCCCUUGACCAAAGCAUCUUCUUAAAAAUAAACAAAAGUGGGGAAAUGCCAACAAAAGCCUGGUUCAGAUAAUUAGGUUCAGUGAGCAGACACCUGACUUGAUAGUCAAGUUCAAGUGACUUCAACUCAUUCGGAAGCUAUUUGGAACAUCUGUCUUACACUAAUAUUCAUAGGCUAACUGCUCCAAUGAGUGAUCUUUCCAAAAGAAGCUGAUCCAAGUCGACUCAGAGAUCUUUAUACAGUGAAUGCUUGAAGCAAUGCACUUCACCUUCAACCCAAAUUUUAAAAAAUAUUUGAAAGAAACUGCCAAAGAUAUUGUUUUAAAAUGUUAUGAGUAUGUUGUUCCUCUGUUGUUGACGUGGUUUGGGGAUGUCAAGGUGGGGACAGGAUUGAUAUAAAUAUAGGAGGGGGGUAAAAUUGGCCAAUUUUUUUCUCUUUUAUUCUUUCAUCUCUUCUGCUCCUUCACCUAUAGUCAGUUCCACAGAAUUGAACAUAUCAGGAGAAAAGCCCUCCACAAAUGCAAAAAUCCCAUGUUGCUUAAUGCCUCUUUAAGGCAUAAAUAAUUUAUCUACUUUUGGACUCUAAGCUCCUCAAGGCCAGGAAGCAUAUCUUCGCUUAACUUUGUCUAGUACAACUGCAAGACACAGAGGUAGGUAUUUACUGAGCUAGAUCCUACAACUUCCUCUUUCUUAUCCUCACCAUAUUAAGUUCCAGCCCUAGAUUCUUUCUAAUUCAGAUUGAUGGAAAUGGUGGUACAAGAUGAGUUCAUGGUUGGGAUGGACAGGGGAAAAAAGGGAAGAAGACAGUUCAGGAAGAGGAAUAGGAUGUAUGGCAAAAAAAGAGAAUUAUUACCACCAUUUACAAACCAACCAAUCCAACAAAAAACCAACAUUAAGCACUCUAUUAUAGUCCAAAACUAAGCCAGAUUUUUUUAAAAAUAAGAUUUAGAAAACAUGACUUUUCUUCCUGUGUACAGGUGGUCUAAUUUCAGAUUACUCUAGAAAAAUAAAGACAAACAGAAACAGUAGCAUUUUUUGGACAAAUGCACAAAUAGACAAUAAAAGUGAACAUAUAUUAAGAGUAAUUACCUGUUUUGCAGGGGUAAAGAAGAACUUAGGGAAAUAGCUAAACAUUCCCCAAACAGUGGGACAAAGAAGUGAUUUUCUAAUUUCUUGGGAAAACUCUAGAAAGAAGAAAUUUCAGGCAUGAGUCGGAUAUGACAGGUUGGUGAUAGAAUGGUAAGAAAGGAGACCCAUCUACUCUUAAUAAAUUUUGAACUUCUUUAGGGAGCCACAUCUUAAUUAUCUCUCCUCUAGUCUGAUAUAGUAGGUUUGCCUGCACAUAACAGGUACUUAAUAUAAUGUUUAUUGUAAGAAUGAAUGAAUGAAUUAGUGAUUAAAGAAACUAGGACUAUUAAAUGUAUUACCAGUAACAGGGAAAACAUUUCUCACCUCUUUGACUGAGGCUCUGGGGAAGUGUUCAGGUAGGUGAUAAUUAUAUAUCAUAUUUGUAGCUUUUUGUAGUAUAAUAUUAAGCUCCUUCCCAAUAACAUGUUUAUAUCAAGAGAAAAGGAUUUUCCUUUUUUCUCUUGUAUCUACCCCAUAUUGACUUAACUUGUUUCUAGAACUUUUUUGGGGGGGGGGUCUGUGAGAUAAAAAGUGAACAACAUACUCUACAAAAGAUAGUUUGAAUUCCCUUUCUCAAUUACUCAGAGGGAUCUUUGAUCUUAGCAAAUUUGGAUAUUCUCUGCAACAUUGAUGAUUAAAAUCCAUGCAUACCUGUCCAUCCAUAAAUUUGUUCCCAAAAAUCUACCCAAAAUGCAGUAGAACUUCCUUUAUUUCUUUGAAUGAACUUGAAACAAUUAUUGUCAUUCCAGGCUAUAGCCAAGCAACAAGUUAUGUUCAUGUCUUGAGUGGAUCUUUGGUCUGAGGGAUCCUUCCAGGGUCCUUAGCUGGCCAGCUGAGAAAACUUCUUAGGGCUAACUCGUCCACUAUACCUUCAACUUUCCUGUCUCCCUCCCUUUUUCAUUCCCUCCUUCCUUCCUCCCAGGCAAUCAGGGUUAAGUAACUUGUCCAGGGUCACACAGCUAGAAGGUCCUCCUGAUCCCACUUGCCCACCUAGCUGCCCCACCUUCAGCUUUUCCAAGCUUCUCAGUAGGGCAUCUGAAACUUUUUCUUGGACCUUCUCCAAUGCUUUACACAUCUUUUUUCUGCCAGCCUUUCAGUCCUUUGCUGGGGUAGGAGGUUCCAGACUGGCUCUGAGGAUUCUCACGUUCCUCCCUUUGGGAUUUAGUAACUUCUGGACUUUUCAAUGAUCAGCUAUUAGAUGUUUUAAGAUAUUCAGCACCUCAAGAUUCCACCUUAGCCAGGCCUUGAAUAACUUUCACCAAAAUCUUGGUUCUCUUCAGUUUUGCUUUGCUUUAAGUCUCUCAGAUCUACUGUGCAGCAGCAGAGCAUGAGUUAGUGAUGUAGAAUGUCUACUCUUUUGCUUUUCUAAGUUCAUUUUUUUUUUGAAUGAGAUGGACGGGGAAGGGGAAAGAUUUGGUAACCUCAUUUCCCUCCUACUUUUCCUCAUUCUCUCAUGGUCAUUAUAGAUCCUUAAAUAAUUUCUAUGCCAGAAGAAGGGUGAGCCAGAAGGGCAGCGAACUUAACAAAAGAGAGGCAGUAUUUCUCAGUCCUACUUCUGGUCUAGAACACCAGUAUAAAUGGUGUCAUCCAUCACCAUGGAGGGGAACAGAGAGAAGCUGCAUGUGAAGGGGGCUAGGGAAAGGAGCUGGAAAGGAAAGCUCAAUGGCUUUCCGGCUCUCCUAGAAAUUAGUUAAAACAAAAAAGCCUCAUUAUCUGGUGUGAUCUUAUGAAUUUGUCAAAUAUAAAAACAAAAACAUUCCAAAAUUAAAGAACUUUUAAUCUGCUUUUUAUGAUUCUGUGCCUUUACAGUAACAUAAAAUGGACAAUUGACUCAUUAUAUUUUUAGCUAGACAGGAAGGUGAAGGCCAAACAAGGUCUGAAGUAGUGACCUCAUUAGGACUGAAAAGAAGUGAAGCCAUCUGGGGAGCCGUCCAGAAGUGGGGUGACCAACCCCUUUUAAGAAUGGUUAUUAAAAGGGAGUAAGUUUCUGGCCCUCCUAAAGAGAAUUGAAACAGUCCUGUGCCUCAUCCCCCUCUACUCCUAGUUCAGGAGGACACAGAGCUCUUUGUAAUCAAUAGCAUUCACAUUUCCUCAGGAAAAAAAAAUGCCAUUCAACAUGCCUGGGAAAUCAGUGGUAAAAACAUGGCUUGGGUCUCUCUGAACAGAUUUUUAGCUUAAGCCAACUCAUGGUUUCCUCACACACGUGGUAACAUUGGAAACUGAAAUGCCAAACUGCAAUGAGCAAGAGUUUUUUCUGGAAGACGAGCUGAAAUUCCACCCCCCUCUUUCCUUCUGUAUUCAUCCCUCUGAGAUUGGGUUUCUUCUUUCUGUCUGACAAAAUGUCUGUUCUUUCAUGCUAAUAUUUAAGUGAAGAUCAGAGCAAUCCUUCGCGAAGGAAGGGAAAAAUAAAGGUGCUGGCACAUUUGGUUUUUUCCCCUGUUUUCUAUGUUCUUUCUAGUUGGCUCCAUGUAGAGAUAGAGAUAUUUUUGUUUUAAAGAUUCCAGAAUAUAUUUUUUGUUGUAUGAAAUGUAACCUCUCCACACUUAUAAGGUAUAAAUAAAAUGGAGAACUACUAUGUAAUUGUAAUGUGCUCAUCCACAUUUGUGUUAGAAACGGGCAUUGUUUCUCACACUUGUGUCAUCUCAUAGUUUGUGUCUAUGUGAGCCAGUGUUUGUGAUUCUGAAACAAUCAAAAUUGUAUCUGUCCUUGGUAUCCAUCUUGCUUGCCUCCUAAAGGUAACAAAUAAAUGUCUGUGUAAACAGCCAUAUCACUACUGUUCUUUGACAGAGACCAAAUGAUCACAGAUUUAGAGUUGUAAGGUUCCUGCCAUUUAGUUUAACCCAUUCAUAUUGCAGGUGAACCUGAGAAUCAGAGAUUUUAUACUUGGCCGAAGAUUACACAAUUGGUAACUUCAGAGGCAGAAAUUCAAGGCCAGGUCCUCUGACUCAAAAACAAAUGCUCAUCAUUCAUAGUUGCUAUGGUGUUUGGGAUUUUUAAAAAGUGACCUGAUCCAAAAAGGACAAGGAGAAUGUCUGGUAUUGUUUUUUUAAAGAAGGAAUAAAAAAUCAAUCACAAGGAGAAUGCCCAAUAAGUAUUGAAUUCUGGUCUGAAAGAAGGGUUGAAAGAGGAGGGGCCAGAAAAUUCAGAAGGAAAGAUAAUUUCUUCAGGUUUGACCAAGGCUAAGUAAGACCUCAACAUUUCUAGAAUCUCGUUUCCUAAAUUUUUAGUCCCACUUGAGUGUGGGAGCUUCGGACCAGCAGGAGCAGGCACUUUAUCUCUGGAAUUCCCUUUCUCCCCAUUCCAUAUGAAUUCCCUUGUGCUCCAGAGACCUUUUGAUUAUUUAUCCCAUGCCAUGUUAGCAUGACCAGAAAGGUAAUGUUACUGAACUGUAGUGUGGGAAAGUAGCUACUAUAAUCAGUUCUCAAGUUCUCUCCCUUUCACUCACCUUUCACUGUUGGUGUUGGUGAAACCCACAAUUCUGUUCAUGCAGAACAUGAUAAUCCUUACAAAGAGAGACAGAUAGGUCCUUCUCUUGGCCAAGGAGUAUGGCUACAAGGAUUAGGCAGGAUCUUUUAAAAUACUUUGGGGAGAUCUUUAGGUUUUUGUCAGGGAAUUCCCCAUAUACAUAGGGUAAUGUGUUGAGUUCUUGGAUACAAAGAACUCCAAGGAGACAUAUUGUGAUGAAUCUGUAGUUAUAAGGCAAGGAAUGACCACAUCCUUGAUAGUUUCUUCUGAAGUUUUCCCUUUAGUAGAUAUGGCAGACUCUUGUUCUGCACUCCUGAGUGUGGCCAGAACCAGAUGAAAAUGUAAUUAGGAAAUAAUUUAACAAAAUAAAAAUAAAAUGUAGCAUUUAAAGUAAGUCAAUAUGCAGUCUUCUGGGAUCUUUCCAAUUGGAGUUUGCUACCACUGCAAAGGGCAUGUUGAGGGGACAAGAAUCCAGAAACUAUUCACACUAGUCCCUAGCUAUUAAUCUACAAGAUUGCUUCUCAAAGUAUGGACGGGAGGUCCUCCUGACUCCCAAGUCCCCUAUGCUACCUCAUUGCCUCCAAUAAAUUUACCUUUCCAGGGCUUAUACACUAUCCCUUCAAUACUUUGUGUUAAAUUUGACCAGAAAUUUAGGUCAAGUUUAUCAGAGUAUGGCUUUAAGAGUAUUUUGUUUCGGUCCUUGAAAGUGAUUGACCCCAAAUCACAUAAGCAGUAAGAAACAGAAUUGGAAUUUGAACCUAGCUCUUCAAUAUUUGCAUUGCACUUUGAGGUUCACAAUGUACUUUAUAUAUGCUAUCCCAUUUGUUCUUUACCAUCAUUCCACAAUGUUAGUAGCAUAACCAAUAUCUUCCUUUUAGAGGAAACCAAAACUCAUCAAACCACAAGAUUUUAGCGCUUGAGACAUUAUAGCAAUAAUCCAACUUUCAUUUGAUUGCUAUUUUACAGAGGCCCAGAAAGGUCAAGCGAUAUAUCCAAGAUUAGGUAGUUUUAAAAAAAUUAUUCUGAAUUUAAACACAAAAAAUUAUAUAUAUAUAUAUACAUAUACACAGCUGAACAUAAAUAGCAGAUUGUAUAUGAAAUCAUGAAUAUAUCUUUUUUUAAAAAAACUUUAUAAUAAAUUCCACACAUUACUUUCAAAACUUGCACUGCUCUUCCUUCUGUUCUGGGUACUUUUUUAUUUUUUUUUCAAAUUUGCAAUAGCUUUAUUUUUGGCAUUACAAUUGCUAACUCUCUGAUCACCCUCUCUCAACUUAAACAGAGCUUGUCCAUGACAGACUUGGAGAGGAGUACAUUUUUAUUGGAUGUAAGUUCAUUGUGUCUUAUUUGUAGGUCUAUGCCCAUCUUUGAAUCUGAUAUGGAAAGAAAAUAUUUUCUACAUAACUGGCAUUGUGUGCCAAGUGCUGUGCUAAGUGCUAGGGAUACAAAGAAAGAGAAAUACAUGUUCUAUAUCCCAGACAGGCUUACAUUCUAGUGAAAAAAGCCAUAUGCAAAUGCACAACACAUAUAUACAAGUUAUAUACAGUAUAAACAGAAGGUAAAGAAUCUUUACUACCUGUAAUAAAACAAAAAGUACAAUAGAAACAUGACCUUGUUUAUGGAUUAUAAACCUCAUGGAUAGUGUCUCGGGGCCAUUAAGCAAUACAUCACAGAGAUGUUUUCUGACUCCAAAUCCAAUGCUUUCUGCACAAGAGUAGGCUGUCACUCAGCCUAUUGCUUCUCCUUGGUUUCCUAUAACUCACUUUUGCACUUUCCCAGAGAAGUGACCAAUCUAAGGCACCAGAAGUGCUUGAGUGCAGAGACACACCCAUUUAUCCACAGUACCUCAAGUGAUCUUGACUUUGAAAAUGACAUUCAAGAAAGUCAAGAGGACACCACAGAGAAGUAUAGAGGGUCAAGAAGGAGAGACUUGAGGGGACUCCACGCUAGACACCUGGGCAUGGAGCAGAGGAAGGGCUAUUGAUUGUAUAACAUGAAGGUGAUCAGAUCAAGAGCUAAAUUGGAGGCUGGACAGCAUUUGCUAAAUAGACAAGGUCAAGUUAACAGACAGCAGUUAUUGAGACAACCUGAGUUCCCUCCACAGUCCCUUCUUUACCACUUCUUCCUUGAAGUGGGUAGUGGGGUGGUGAUGGCAUUUUGUCAGCCAAACCCUCCUUGUUUUCCCCUCUGAUCUAGGGGAAAGCAUGAAAUCAAGAAAUAUAUAUAUUUUUUUAAUGCAACCUUUCUGAUUGCCAACCAAAUUAGCCAGUUCAUCACUUUUGUUUUUAAAUUCACCAAAUGACUUGCUAGGUUAUUGAAGCUAUUCAAGUUGAGAGUGAGAAACUCAAUAAAGGGAGAGGAAGGGAAUAAGCAUUUAUAAAGCACCUGAUACAUGCCGGGCACUAUGCAAAGUGCUUUUACAAAUAGCUUAUUUGAUUCUCACAACCACUCUAUGAGAUAGGUGCUAUUUUUAUCCCUAUUUUACAGCUGGGCAAACUGGGACAAUCAGAAUUUGAGUGACUUGGAGCUGGGUCAUACAGCAAGUAAUUAUUGGAGGCUAGAUUUGAACAUGGAUCUUCUGGAUUCCAGGGCCAGCUCAGUUCCUGGGCCACCAGCUGCCUCAGUGGAAUUUAGAGGUGGGAACCGAAGCCAAUGGAAGAGAAAUCAUCAGUGAUAAAGAUUAUUUACACCCUAGAUGUAUUAUUUUUUUAUGAAAUUGACAAAAGAAAAUAUCAAACAACCAAUAAGCAU